CAAGUGCCCCCCAGCCCACCGAUGAGAACUGCAACUGUUUUUUACAACUGGCACACUUCCCAUUUCGAUCAGGCCAGCUCGAUACUGCUGUGAACUAACUUCCUGCAUGUGGCUGUAGCUUGAACGGGAUUUCUGGGCUGAGCGGUCACUGCUGCUGUCCAUGCGUGAGCCUCUUCUCCCCCCUCCGUGGAUGGUGCGGAGUAAUAUCAUCUGGAGAGGCCGAGGCCGACAUUUUACCCCGGUCCGGAGGAGCAUUAACUCGGAGGGGACAUCCGAGGACACGCGUUUAGGCUGAGAAAUCGAGAGCUGCAGAGCUGCGACAUGUGAAAAGAGCUCACCCACUUGGCCCACUCACCUCUCAAUCUUAGACCUGAACUCAGUCGAGUUUUUGCUGCCGAACUCACUCACACUCACGUUGGGACUGCGACCUGACAACCUCCUGCCUCGGGCAUGCCUCAGCCGGGUAUGAAUGGGAUGGAGCCUGCAUUUGGCGAGGCCUACGGGGGGCACAGGGGUCUGAUGAGCCCCUACCCUCUGGCCAUGUCGCCACAGGGAGGCAGGACAGAGUACGACCAGAGUGUGCUCCUUAUGCUGGGCUCCCCAGCAUUGCCAAGGAAACGGCCCUUUGAGUUGCUAAGCGACCUGGUGGACGAUGGAGGCUUUGGUGAAGACCUGCACCCAGAGCGCUGGGAUGUGUCCGCGCUGGAUGAGAUGGCUCGUUACACCAAACUGGGCCUUGGGGUCGGAGGGGAGCUGCUGCCCUGCUCCGAGGAGGCUGUGCUGAUGGGCUGCUGGGGGAGGAGCCGGGAAGAGCAGGAGGAAGAGGAUGAGGAGGAGGAGAGGAGGAGGAACAGACACGCAGCCCCUCCUGGCACCCCGGAAGUCCAGAAAACUGCUUCAGGGAAGGAGGAAGAGGAGGAGGAAGGGUGUAUCUCUGUUGCCCGGACAACAGAGCUGUGUGUUUCAGGAAGAGCGACUGAAGGUGGACAGGAUGAGGGGGUGUCAAGGGAGCGCACGGUGGAGGUGUAUCAGGUGGCCCAAGAGGAAGAGGAAGCAGCAGCAGCUGCAGUAGGACUGGCUCUGGAGCACUGCAGCGAGGAGCACAACUACUCCCUGAGCCAGGGAGGGGAGCUGGGGGCAGGACCUGCUCACAACUCCCAGACAGAGGAGGUGCAGGUGGUGGAGAAUCAGCAGGAAGAGCAGGAUAGGGAGGACAGCCAGGCCGAGACCAAACUGAAGCUGGAGGAUGAGGAUGAGGAGCAGGACGAAGACGAGGAAGAGGAAGAGGAGGAGGAAGAGGGAGAGGAGGGAAUGGAGGAGACAGUGGUGGAAGCUGAAAUUUCGAGCUCCUCGGAAACUGAAUGUGAGGUGGAAGCAGAGCCAGCCAGGCAGCUGGGCGAGCGACCGUCGAAGCGUCGCUGUUUCUGGGAGUACAGACGUGCUCGGGAGUCAGCCACAAAGAAGAAACUUGGCGGUGACGUCCACUGGUCUCUGUCCUGGAGCUCCAGCACUCUUCCCAGCACGCUGUACCGCCGAGAGGGCAAAAAGGGGCGACGCAAAGCCCGGAAAACAGAUGCCAGCGACCUGACGCCGAACCCUCAGAAGCUCCACAACAUCGGGGAGCAGCUGCAGAAGCUCAACGCAGCGAUCGAUGGCAUGGGUCCGGUCAACGACCUGCCCGCCGUGGCCCGAGCCCGUUCACGCAAGGAGAAGAACAAGCUGGCCUCCAGGGCCUGCCGGCUGAAAAAGAAGGCCCAGCACGAAGCCAACAAGAUCAAGCUGUGGGGGCUCAAUCAGGAAUAUGAAAACCUGUUGGGAGCUCUGCUACGGAUUAAGGAAGUGAUCAGACGGCGAGUGGAGAGCAGCGAGGAGGAGGACACAGACGAACGAGGGAUGACCCAACGGCUCGAAGACAUCCUCAGAGAGUCGAGUGGUCCCUUAGUUGCUGGGCGGACCAAAGACUUUGUGCAGAGGAUUUUGGCAGCCAGCGCAGGCGGUCAGAACCAACGCAAAGAGCCCCCACAGGACGGGGAUGAGGCAUCGGGGUAAAACCCCAAAACAGCAGUCCCUUUUCUCUCCGUACCCUCUUCUUCCAACCCCGCCCUCCCAGCACCACCAACUUGUCGAGACCAAGCUCCUCUACACCUCUUCUGCUCUCACGUCGUACACAUUUAAGCAAAGAGACGGCAAAGUGGAGAGGCUGGGAACCAAGAGGAGGAGAGGAAGAAGAGGAAGGAGUAGCCUAAACAAAGCGAUAGUAAAUUGCUACCUUGCUCCUGGUCCUCUCCUGUUGGUCCUCCAAACAGCAGCCGUCUUCACCGCUCUGUCUCUGCAGGCUGCACCACAACCACCAACAGGCCAGAGCUGCUGCUGCUGCUGCUGCUGAUGUCUCUGUAUUCUGUGUUCUCUGUGUGCGUGCAUAAGUGUGUGCGUGUAACAUACUGUAUGAGCGUGUAUAGUGUUCCUCUCUCCCUCUCUGUGCUGUAUUUGUACCCCAUUGUGCCUAUGAAUAGACAUUGCACUGUUUUGUAGAUGGUCGUAGUUGUUGUCAGGGGGCCGUUAGUGAGCCGAGGGCAAGGGGGCAUUUGAGGAUAAGAGGAAGUUCUAAAAAUAAGGAAGUGGGAGGAGCCCAAGCACGGGAAACAAAGAAGAGGGUGUGUUUGUUUUGAUUUGGUUUGGGGUUUUUUUUUUUUUGUUUGUUUGGCUGGGCUCCUAUAGAAGCUCUGCAUACCAUUUGAAUCGCACCAGCAUCUGAAAUGAGACCCAAUGCCAGACCAGUCAAUGGUAACUGGUGGAAAAGUCCUCAGAGCUUUAAUAGUCACCCAUCCCUCUCUGACACCCCCGUCACCCCAUCAAAAUGUAAGCAGAGAUCAAAAGAAAAAAAAGAAAACAAACUGCACCUUAAUUUAAACUGACCAAAGAUAAGUGAUACUGCUGAACCACUCUGACACCUCUCACCACUUCAGAUGCUGCCAGCCAUUAACACACCAUCCUGUCCUGCUGAGAGAGGGCUGAAGUGACUGAUACACUUUUAAUUCUUGUCCUAUUUACCUGCGUGCAUCAUUCAAAGAUGGGCAUCACCUGAUAGACUUAGAUCCUUUUCACGUAAAUGCACUACCGUCACGGACCCGAGAGGCCGUGGUGUAGCAGACGGGACUUGACCAAACGCCUUGUCGAUUGGUUGGCCGUCUAGCUCUGCAGCCUGGUGCUCCUUUAGCUGAUCUGUGGUGGAUUUAUUUUUUACCCCAAAAAAGGGAAGUGUCCUCGAUGCCUGCCCCAAGCCCUCUCCUCAACCCCCUGACCUGAUUAUGUAGCGCAAUUUCCUGACUUGCAAUGACAAAUAGAGAAAAAAAAAACACACACACACACACACACACUUGUAGAGCUAGAAAGCAAAUAAUUUGUUUUUGUUGAUAUGAUUUUGUUGUUAUUUGAUGAUGCCACAGCCCACAAAGUGGGCGUCAGUCUUGAGAGUUUUGAGAGAAAAAAAUCUGCCUUUUUAUUUUCUUUUUUUCUUUAUUUUUGUGUGGUCUCUGCUAAAGCUGGAGACCAACCUGUCCACACUCUGUAAAUGUUGUUGGACGCUAAAAAAAUUAAUUAAGACCUUUGAAUUGCACUGUGGUAAGAGCAACAAAGCACCUUUGAAGAGGGCUUCAAAUCCUCCAAAAGAGAGAGGAAAAAAAAGACUCUUGGCACCUUUUUCUAAAGACAGAUAUUGAUUGAGAGACUUGAGGGCACCAAGCGCUUUGCGACCAACUGCUGGUUUGGGCUUGUUUCGGUAUGGUGCUACUAUAUGAUGACAGAAAAGUCAUGCAAACACAUUUGGAGGCAUGAGGCAGUAACUGCUGACUGGGUUUUGGCCUGUGAGGACGUACUGUUGUAAUAGGCGGUUUGUUUGCAUAAUGACGCCUUUCUCAAGUGCCUGGAGCUUAAAGCCACAGGGACCUGUGUUAUUAAAACCUAUUACAAGGUAAAACUUAACUCGUGACUGCUGCGCCAAGCUUGGCAUCACUUGACUUUACUUAGAAGAAGAAGAAGGAAAAAAAUGCAGGCUCAUCUGGGGUCACCAAAAGAAAAGGUGAAGCAGAAUGUUUUCCUUUUAAAUUAAGUCUGUACAUGGAAACCUACAUUGUUUUCACGUAUAUGUUGAAAUCUAUUUGUGGAAACAGUAGCGGGCACUGGUUUCUGUGAACAUCAUAUCUGGGAAAUAUACAUAGGGGAGCGGCUGUUCACGGAGCAAUUCCCUUUUGUUUUUUAACCUUGACAAGCUCCCAUCUGGGCUGCAUUCCAAAGCUGCUGUUCUACACACUGCCCCCUUUCUAUGGAAAAAAAAUUGGAAAAACAAGACAUUUCCUGUCUCAUUCAGGAACGGAGUGGUUCAACUUAAACUCUUCACCUCGUGGACGUCUUGCUUGUUGUCAUUUUUUAGAAGAGUGAGGGGCAGCUUAGCGUCGCUCCUGCUUUUAGUUUUCUGCAUCCGCUCUGUUCUGGGAAAUGUUGCUCAUGGUUGUAUAAAGCUGUACUGUAAACAGAGGAUUCCUGUCGCUCAGCUGGAAUGGCUUCCUUGUGGAGCUCUGCUGCUGGUGAACAGAGCGUCGAGGCUCUGGUGCCAAAGACGGUCUGAGAAUGAAAAGAUACCUGAUUCAGCUCUAAUGUCAAUGAGGCGUCCUCAACGUUACCACAGAAACCCGCUCAGGCUUUCAUGUGAUCAUCCGUGAAGAGACGCGUGAUCUCGGGGAAGGUCACUGAGUGUAGCUAAUGGUGUGCACUUCUACACCCAUAACCACCCCCCCCCACCCCCCCCAAACACACACUUUCUCCCGGGGGGCUGGGAAGCUGCUGAUGCUGCCAGCAGAGUCACAGGAUUGUGCGCUGGCAGCAGCUCGUGCAACAACAACAGAAAACAAGAGGAAAGAGCAGAGAAACAACUGUGUAGAUCGCCGAGCUUUAAAACGCUCUCCCACCCAUCUGUCACGUCAGAGGAGGAGGAUGAGGUCUUUGUGUUUAAAGACUACACAAGUUUGUACAGAUAUUUUCCUUCGUUCAGAUCGCUGUUACGUAACACAGCGCACCAUCUGCUGUGUACAUUCAUCUAUAUGCCAAAAACUGCAAACAGUUGUAACACAGUGAAUUCCUGCCUCUGAUCCAAACAGAAAAACAGCCGGUUUUACACAAGUGGUGCACUCAUCUAAGGGCCUUAACUGAUGCUGUAGCUUGUUGUAUUGUGGAAUAUCCCUUUAACUGUAAAGCUUUAAUAGGGAGUGGCCGGUCUUGGCAAGGCCACUUGUUUCUGUUUCUCACAUUCCUGAUUCAGUUCCUCUGUAGAGUUUCUGUUUGUGUGCACCUGGAAGGAGGAGAGAGAGAAAAGUGAACUGACCCAAAGAUGUCAGUUGUGUGGUCAUUGUUCACUUUUUCACGGUCAGAACAGGCCGAGCCCGGCCCAGGCUCAGCCGCGGAUCUGCUGGGGUUUAACAAACAGCCCAGAACAAACAGUCUCGGCUUACAAUUUUGUCCACAUCUGACCUAAUAUAGACAAUGACUCUGCAGAAACUGGACGAUUCUUAUCUGACUGGCUUCCUCGUCGGGUGUCACCAUCUGCCAGACGCAGAGAGAAGUAAACAAUUGUGAAACUUGCCUGUCGCUCAUGUGCGCGUGGGCUUUUUCUGAGAAAGUUCUGGAGAAAAGGGGAAGACGUUGAGUGGAGCACUGGGUCCAGCUCAGCAGUUUAGGGAAUGGUGACAGUUGAAAGUAAGGGGCUUCUGCAUAUGUGGUAUACAGAGAGGACACACGUCUGAGGCUGUUAAUGAUUGCUACCAUUGUGGAAAUUUCCACUGAAAACGUUACAGGGAGGUUUUAAUCUUUUCAUCCAUUUAUCUCAGCAGACAAAGUUUCACGUUUCAAAGCAUGUAUCGUUGACUGUUGACAUUUUAAACGUUAGAGGUGCAUUAAAUGCUGGCACGGAAGUAUAGAUACGAAAAGAUGCAAUAUAAUUGAGGCAGGUACUUAUUAGAACAACAACAAAAAACCCUCUGUGGGCUUAUAAAACAGUAAAAGCACUGUAUCUCAUACUGCAAAUAGGCUGGUGAAAGCUGUGCUGUGUGGAGAUGCUCUGCUUUUGAAAGACUUCCAGUGGAAUCUUGAACUGCAACCAAAACAUGAGAAAAUGAAUUAACAGUAAUUCUGGUCAUAAAGUGAUUUCACAACCGAGAUGACCAGACCGUCCCCUUUUUCUGGCUGCUGUGAACAGGAUUUUAUUUCAUUGUAAGUUUGUCUGUUAUCUUCAGUAACUGUUUAAAGUCACGAGAUUAACCGAUUGUUUUCUUGUUUGUUUUUUUACACUCUGAUGUUUUUAUAGCUGCCUGAGAAAGAAGCGUUAACCUCUAUGUGUGCCAUGCUUGUAAAGUGUAGCUUAAAUCCUUGAAGCAGCAGUGUUAGGGUGAGAACAAUUAGAAGUGGUUGACCUUCCUAAGCUUACACAUGGCUGCAGUGGCUUUUUGGACCAGGCAUUCAGGCCCUGUGGACCCGCUGGGCUGAAUAGACUCAUCAGUAAGACUACACCGGUGGGACGCUGCUGACCUCCAAGUGCCCGUCCCCGCUCUGCUCCACUGCUCGCAUUGUUGGAAACACUCUGGCUUCUCCAGUUUCAAAGGCAGAGGAGGCCAGGGAAGCGGCACUUAGUCAGGGACCCUGAGUAGUUUAUCCGAACCCUUCUAAUCCCCACCGUCACCUCCACCCUCUGCCACACUCUGAUAUCUUUCAAUCGCCCUGGUGGCCUGCGUCUCGAUGCCCUGCUUCCUUUAUUGCUGACCUGGAAACUUCCAUCUGGAAGGAGCCAGAUGGGGCCCAAGUGUCAGUUUCAACCUGCAGGUCCAUAUUACUUUUCUCUAUCAAUUAAAUUGAAGUGGAAGGAGCUAGACGAGGCUUUGCCAGUCGGUGCCUCGUGUGUUAUCAUUGCCUUUAAAUCAGAGAGCGGAACAUCUGUUUUUAGAACAUCUGGCAGUGGUUGUUUAAGGACUCUGAUCCAGCUUCUUUGUAUGAUUAACAAGGUCCUACUUGUGCACACCAUGUUCUGCCAAACCUAGAUUGCUUGCAAACUUAAUGAUAAAUUAUUGAACAUUUUAUUCAGGCAGAGAGAUACCACAACUUCAAGGCUUUAGAGGAACUGGUUGGUGCUUUGGGAAACACUGUUGCUAAAGGUUAAAUCGUACCUUCAGGUGGGUUAUGUGUGAGGUUUUGGUCUUGUGUUAAAGCAGCGGUUGCAAUGUCAUCUUAACUAAUUUGCUAAUCUUUUAUAUGUCUUUAUCAGAGUGGAAUUUGAACUCUCACCAUUAACAUUUUGGCAGCGGCUCUGUUGUUCUUUUUGAAGCUGUAUUUAGGCUAGAGGGUGAAAGCACUGUACUGUCAGCUGAGGCCAGCAAACUAUGGUUACAGUACCCACAAAGAGAUUACUGUUAAUUAGGUAUAAGUGAUAAAAUAUUCAAAUUGCAGUCAUCAAGACUCAAACACAGACUUGUUGAAAGUCCACACAAGUUAGAAAGCCACAUUGUUUGUCAGAUAAUUCUGUUAAAAAAAUCCUCAAAGGCACCAGCACCACCUUUAAGGCCGGGACAUGCAGUUCAGGGGCUUAGCAGGAUUCAUAUGUCCAGCAGAAGCAGUGCGAUCGCUGUCCGCUGGCAGUCUGAGAAAGAAUCAUCUCCCUACACUGAGCUCCGUUUCCAGGUGGAGGACGUGUACAGUCUGGUACAACUGGGAGCUUCUCUUGCUUGUGCUGUUGUUGGUCCGUCAGCCAGCUGUGGAAAACAAAAGUUAGGCUUCCAAUGAGCUGAAGGGAAACCAAAUGUUAAAAGCAAGAGAAAGUGUCACUGUGGCCAUUCUCUGUGCUUUUCAUGCCGUAUUUUUUGGAUCUUAGACACGUACAUCAUCCACUUCUGCCGAUGUGCUGUCAGGAUCUUGGAGGACACCAAAGGAGUGUGUUUGGAGUUGGUGAACGCCGUUUAUGCAGACAGACACACUUAAACGACUUCUGCUUUAGGAAACAGUCAUUGCCUAGAGCUGCCUGUGUCUGCACUUGUCAGUCAAACUGGCCAUGGCCAGAAAUCCAAAUGGGUGAAUUGUAGUUGCCGUAAAGUGGGAAAUUAGCUGUAAAGACCAAAACUGUAUAUUGUACCAGGCUGUAAUCAUGUUCAUAACAGAAGUUGGGCAUUUUAACAUGGGAGUCUAUGGGGAUUGGCUUGCCUUUGAGCAAGCCUCAAGUGGCAGUUAGACACGUCUGUGGUGCCUUUGUUCUUCAGCCACAGAAGCUGGUGUUUAAUAGAAAAGUCCAAAGGAAACUUUCAUUUCUGUUAAAAAAGUUAUUCCUUUGUACUUUUCAGGGGAAAUACAGCUGAUGUUUUGGCAGGACAGUAACGUACUCAGUGACCAAAAAUGCAGACAUUCAUAUUCAUUCUCACAGAGCAUUUCGUACUACUAGUGGGUUUUGAAAACCUGCAUGGUUGUAGCAUCCGAUACGUUAACAACGUGCUGCACAUGUAUUGUUGGCAUAGCCGGUGGCAGCUGAGACACACCUCGUGGCUUUAACCAAAACCGAGUCAGUCGUUUCUGUCCAGAUUGAUGAUGAGUCGAAACCAAAGGCCAGUUGUGGAUGUGAGCAGUUUAAAAAAACAAAAACUGAAAAACAUGUCUCAUUAGAAAUGAAAUAAUACUUUAGUAUUCUAGAGAAAAAUCCUGUGGAGAGAAUAAAGAGUGAACAAUCACAUCCCUGCUGGUUCUUUAAUCUGUCUGAAAACACACUGAAAGAUGGGAGGAAAGGAAAACUAAGAGACUAGCAAACAUUCCACAAUGCCAUGUCAUAUACUGUACAGCAACCCUGUCUCCUCCUCUUCCCUUUCUCUCCCCCUCCCACACCCCUCUGUCUGUCUCUCAGUAAUCCAGUAAUCACAAUACUACAGUAAUACUUUGGACCUGUUAACACAUUAACACAUCUUUAUGUAAGUCAGUACGUAAUCCUUAAUAAUAAUCAAAAAAAAGAAAAAAAAUACAAGAAGUGCCGUACAAAUAGAAGCCUAAUAUUUUUUGUUUUGUGUGAGUGUACUGUACACCUGUAUAAUGUAUAUUUUAAUAUUUAUAUGCAGCUGUUGUAUUAAAGUAUAUUUUUAAA